AUAUAUUAUAAAUAUAUAUAGUGCAUUGUGUAUAAUAAUUAUACAUACAUAACACCCAAUCUGUGCUAUAUUUUCUCCACCUACCAAAGUGUGUAUAGUGAAUUAAUAUUGUUUUACAAUGGGAAAAGACCAGGAUUUAACCAACGCGAUAAAAAACCAGGAUAUUUCAACUAUCCAGAAAAUCUUAACCAAGGCUGUGAGGCCGGUUAAAAACAAUGGCAACAAAAUGCGGACUUUGGAGAGGAAAUCCUUAGAACUUAUCAACUCGAAAGCAAAAUUCAACGUUAAUUAUCAAGAUGCAGAUGGAGUAUCAUAUCUACAUCAUGCUGCACUUAUGGGCAACACAGAGGUUUUAAACCUACUCCUGCAAACUGGAAUUGAUGUCACUCUUAAAGACAACAAAGGCAUGAUAGCAUUACACUAUGCUGCUUGGCAGGGUAAAGUUGAACCAGUGCGACUCUUACUUGAACAUGGCUCUCCUGUUGACGAGAAAGCCGAUGAUGGUGGUACGGCUCUCCAUCUUGCCUCUCAACAUGGUCAUUAUGAUGUGGUGAACAUGUUAUUGGUGCAACAUGCUGACCCACGCAUUGUAAAUAACGCACAUCGUACACCAAUAGACUCGGCCUGUGAAUUCGGUCGAUUUCGGGUGGUGGAACUCCUUAUAAAAAGCAGUCAAUGUCAAGAACUUUUGAAGGACCAGGCAGACGACAUGGUUGAUAAUGAACAUACCACUUGCCUCCAUUUAGCUGCCAGGAAUGGACACACAGAUAUCGUUAAACUUCUCAUCCAAAAUGGUGUUAACAUAAACCGCUGUACCCUGCAGGGAACUUGUCUACAUGCUGCUGCACUCUUUGGAAAAAUCGAUGUUGUUCGCCUACUUCUUGAAUGUGGUGCCGAUGUCAACCAAUCUAACUCCUAUGACCAGACAGCCCUUGACAUCGUCAAUCGGUUCACCACGGUACGAGCUGCUAAGGAAUUGAAAGCUUUGUUGAAAGAAGCAAGUUUUGCUGUGAAGGCUCGUGCCAUUAAAGAACACUCAAACCAGUAUGACAUCCAUGGACUUGCUUUCAAGGAAGGGGAAUAUAUUAAGGUGCUCGAACAGAAAGCCGACGGAAUAUGGAAAGGAUGUGUAAUUCAUAAUGACAGGAUGUCCAAGCCUGGCUAUUUCCCUGCUGACCAUGUAGUUUUAGUGGACAGUCAAUCUCACUCGUCAUCUCACUCGUCAUCACACAAUCAUAUCAACACCAAGACUCCCCCGCUGGUUCCUGCUACCGGCAUUCAAGUGCCUGAUCUUCUCAAUCGCAACAGUUUGGCUUACGGGACCACAAAACGAACCACAUCAGAUGGGAGUGGAAGUGAUGAUACGUAUCCCUUUCCUCCACCCCCACCAUCACCCAGCGCCAUGACAUCCAAUCAGUCACAUGAUAAUGUAUUCAUCGACACAAACCAUAUCUCCUCCCCACCAUCUUGUACAGGAAAUGUGCCUUGUCAGCCGAUCCAAGCUCGAGUGAUUGUCAAUAACCAACUGGUUAGUGACCAUGUCGGAGACUGGCCAAAUUUGCAACAUAACCACUUCAACGGGGACAUAAGAACAACGACAAAAGACAGUCCAAUAAAUAGUAACCGCAACUCUUCAGCGUCCACUGAUAGUGGGCGUGGAGUCAGUACAGUACAGCUGGACACUGCUGUACCAAUUAAGAAUCACCACAAUUUUGUAAACAUACAAAUCAAAGCACAGCAUCGAUUAUCAGGGCAGAGUUACGAGUCGGGUGUCUCGUCUCGUCAAAGUUAUCACAGUACGUCGAGCUCAAGCGUAGCUAGUCUUGAUCAACUUGAAGAGGGCAGGUACUCAAGCCAAGCCAACGUGGCGGACCUUUUCAAAACUGGCCUUUCAGAUUCGGAGAUUCUUCUAACUUGGUUAAGAGAUCUUCGUUUUGAAGGCUAUUACGAUAAUUUUGUAUCGGCAGGUUACGACAUGCCGACUAUAUCUCGAAUGACGCCGGAGGAUCUCACGGCCAUUGGGAUCACCAAGCCAAGUCAUCGGAAACGGUUGAAAGCUGAUAUAUCUCGUAUGAACAUCUACGAUGGUAUUCCUGACUACAAACCUAACGAUCUGCUGCAGUGGUUAAAACUGCUGAAUCUGGAUUACUACCAUGAUACGUUGCUAAGUCAGGGUUAUACCACAAUCGACCAGGUUACCGAGAUUACUUGGGAAGAUCUUGAAGAGAUUGGUAUUAAACUCUUAGGCCAUCAGAAAAAGAUCAUCCUGGCCAUCGACCGCCUAAAACGAAUUAUGGCUGGUACUAAGCGCUUGUCUUCUUUAGAGCAAAGGUCACCCUACAUUGAGCCUCUCGAACCUCCUGCGAUGAAUAUGUCGGGCCAGUGGUCACUCGACACGGGUAGCAACAGUUCUUCGGACACUACCCUGACCUUGACUCGGCCUAAAAAAUCGACAUCCGGUGAAAGUUUGACCGAAAUGCACCCAUUUCAUCCAUACCGGGAGAAAGAGGGCAGCAGUGGCGACCAAACACCCACCUCAUCCAGUCCUGGCAAUCUCCCUCCAGAUUACGUAGCCAUUCAAGUGAAACGCUCAUUGUCAAACAACAGUUCGAGUGAUAUGUCUCCUAUUGUCGAAAGCACGGACAUGACUGGUCAGCCAAUAACUUACCAAUCAUUUCAUAUACCUUCUUCUAAUAAGAGAUGCUCUGAUGUCAUUGAGGAAAAAUUCCCAGGUACCAACGGUCAGUUGAUAAUAGAGGACACCCUCAGUGAUAAUGUCACUCGUCCUUCGGCCACAGUCUCCCCUCGAGUCAUGGUGAAACCAAAACCUGUAGCCAAGAUCCCUGCUAAGUCUAAACAGCAAGGGCGUGAAAUGUCCCCCGAUUUAUUGGACGAAAAACACAGUCGUGAGUUAGCUGUGGAAGCAUUGAAGAGUUUCAACACAAUGAAAUCUUGUAGUCAAAGUCACGAGCAUAUUUAUGAUCAGCCUGUCGUUAAUCUUCCUAAAUCACCCAAACCACUGGUUUUACCAAAGUCUGUUAGUCUAAACAACAACACCUCCAUCUCAACCGGCUGCGAACCAUUAAGUCCCAUGAAACCAGAUGCUGACGACUACUAUCCACCAAUCGCGACAAAGCCAAAGAAGGUGCCACCCCCACCACCUCCGAAGCGAAGUAACUCAAUGCGUGUAGAGGGACCGAAAUACAACUUACCCAACCGACGCAGUGAACCGGCUACCCCUAUCUGUAUGGCUGACUCGUUGUCAAAAUCACUGCCCAACUCCACAACACACCACGAAGAAUUUGCAAACUGCGUCAAAACUUUGUCAGAGCGUUUCGGCAAGAAUAUGGGCAAUGCCGAUGCCCAAGACUCAUCAUCCAAUGAAAGCGAUGAAAUGCCUCCUCCCCCUCCUCCACUUGCCAUGGAUAUUAUCACCCCAAGACUUCAUAACUAUGGCAUUCCUUCCAAGGGAGGUCGACCCACUAUGGAUCUUUCCAGCAACAAUCCACCUUCCAGGCUAAAAAAAGACACAUGCCCCAUCCUGAAAGAGAAACCAGCAUUUUUGAUGCAAAAAUUUCCAAUUAACGAGAAGAUAAUUGAGGAUCCCCCAGCCCCUAUGGCACUACCAACCUCCACUCUAGAUAAGAGCAUCCCAGAACAAGAAGAGUUUGUGGCAAAGCGAAAGGAUUCUACAUUGAGCGUGGAAUCAAACAGUUCCAACUCGAGUGUGGAAUCUAACACUUUGCCGUUCGCUAACGAAAACAUCGGUACGAUAAAGCAGAAGAAUUCUCCUGCGGCGCUGAAGCUAAUUGAAGGACUCCAAGCAGAUUUUGAUUUGACAGACGUCGAUCAUGACAACAUUGGUAUUCGCUCCAACAGCACUUCACUCACAAGUAGCUCAAUCGAAAGGACACAUGCAAAAUUAAACGAUGAUGCUAAUGAUGAACCUCCCCAGCGGCCUCCUUUGCCAAAGAAGUAUGAAGCUUCAGCGUCGCCGAUUAUUGCACCGAAACCCAAACUCAGACCCACACCCCCGCCUGUAGAACCCAAGAAGCCCGUGGAACCGCCACCCAAACCUGCCAAACCUGCUACCACAGAGACAGGGAAUGUUCUACAUGACAUAGACAACAUGCUACAGAACCUCACCGAAGAACUCGAUGCUAUGUUGGAACUAAGUUAAGAGACGUUGCCUUCGCCAUUGUCCAUCUCCACGUACCACGCAUACCGACACUCACACACCUCUCCACUUGAACCGUUAUUAUUCCAGACCACCACCACUUCUACUUUUACUAUUGUUGCUGCUGCUACUGUAUUUCAUUAUUAUUAUUAAUAUUUAAAAAGUGGUGGUAGAUUGACAUUUAUAUAUAUGUAUGUAUACACACACAUGAAACGUGUGUAUGCAUAUAUAUAUAUAUAUAUGCAUACAUACACACAUACAUUAAAGCUUGGAUUGAAUAUCUUGUGGUAUUUAGUUACGUCCCUUUAUAUUCAGACUUUGAAACUCGCCAUGGUCGACUUUUAUCUUUUAUUCGUUUAUGGUUAACGAAAUAAUGUACCAGUUGUAUUCUGGUGUCAACUUGAUCGACUUAAUUAACUCCCCUCCUUUCCCAAAUUUCUGGCCUUGUGCCUGUUAGAAAUGUUAAUAAUAAUAAUAACCAUUAUUAUUAUUAUUAUUAUUAUUAUAUUAUGAAAAAAAAAUUUUUUUUUUUUUUGUUAAUUCCAACAGCUGCUCUUGAACUUAGAAACAAGCUGUGUCUGGGCUAAUAUUUAUUUUUUAUUUUUAUGGUUUGUUUGUAAAAUUUUUUUUUUUUCAAAUUUGUCGUAAAAUUUUACAAAUUAUUAAGUCAUGUGGAACAACAUUUAAGAUUGGAAAAAAAAAAUUUUUUUUUUUAAAUUCUUUUUCGGGCGAUGAACACAUGUGAAGCGUGACAAUGUGCAACUGCUCAAACAUGGUGAUUUCAUCAUUGCCAUUUAUCAUCAUCAUUAUCAUCAACAUUAUCAGUUAUCAUAAUCACUACUCCCACCAUCAUCAUCAUCAUCAUUGAUAGUAGCAUCACACGAAUAGCAUUUAGUUUUUAAACGUUUACGAAGGAAUUUUUUUUUUUUUUUGUGUGAUGUCUUCUACCUCACAGAACCUCCACACACCUACUACCACUACUACUACUAUUAUUAUCAUUACUAUUAUUAUUAACCAGAAUUCAUGCCAAAUAAUGGUUUCUCUCCUCCAGCUAGUCCCCUAAACCAAAAUCCCAUGUUCCCCCACCAUUGUAUAAAUUAUAGAAUUUUUUUCUCAUUUAUUUUUUUCCGUUUGUAAAUCUUUUGUAAAUGUAUCUUGGCUCUUAAAAUACAAAAUUGUGGGUGAAAGUAAAUUUGGAUAUGUAUAUAUGGGUGUGUGUGUGUAUGUAUGUAUGUAUAUAUAUAUAUAUAUAUGUGCAUUCACACGUGGUUGCAUGAAUGUGAAUACAUGUAUGUAUGUGUAGAGACACAUGUAUGUGCGUGUUCUUAGAUGUAUAGUUUGUUGUAUGCAACGCUGGUAAAAAAAAAAAAAAAGAGAAUAAAAUGGUGCACGCUGCCAUGCCAUGCCAUGCCAGUGUAGGUUAGUAAUUUAUAAACAAGAAUACAAGCGAAUAAUCAAUAUUUUAUCUCAUUGACGACCUUGUUUUAUUAACUGUUGUUCUUGUUGUUUUGCAACCCCCCUGUCAGAUGUAUGUGAGUUUUGGACGUAGCGAGAGAGCUUGUUUGGGAACUUUUGAAAAAAAAGAAAAAAAUUCAUUCCCAAUAAGACACACAAAAAGACAAAAAAUAAUAUUAAAAAAAAAACACAAAAAAAGAUAAAAAUCUUUCUUCUCUAUAAAAAAAAAAGAAACAAAAAACUCCAAAUGGGGAUUGAAAUAAUUUAUUGGCAGUUGCUGACAUUCUUCACGUGUCUGAGAGAAAGUCAUAUAAAUGCCACUCCUUUCUUACUAUUUCCUAAUAUUUCUGAUGAUACCUUUCCCUUCCGCAGUUCAAUACAAAACAGGACAAGCUUAUCACCUCUCUUUGGAGCCCUCUCCCCCACCCCUCCGCCCAUCGUCCCACCCACCUUUAAAUGUGAAUUUACAUCAGGUGAUGCAGUCAACCACGACAUCUUUCCCUUCUAAUCGGCAGUCAGUUGGUCACCCGGAACAGCUAACUCUCAGCAGUGUUUAGUUUAAUGAAAAUCCUCUUUCUCUUCUAACACAUUUAGGCAUUCGCAGUUACAAUACAUAUAUAUAUAUAUAUAGGUAUAUAUAUAAAAUAAAUAAUAUUGCUUUUGCUUCAUCAAAUUUGGUUCUGUUAUUAUGAGACACUAAGCAACUUUUGAAUUGCUUCCAACCAUUCAAAUUUUACUCUUGAGCAAUUAUGGUGAGUGUAACCUUGAGCAAGGCACUUAAGGUCUACUUGCUCUAGUUUUGAUUUGACUGAUUAUGAAACAGGUCCCGCCUUCCUCAUACUUUUGUUUUUACUUUAUAGCCAGGUGGUUAAGUAGACAGGUCAUUCAGCAACAAAACCACUUGCUCCAGUGUGCAUAUAUAUAUGUAUAUAUAUAAAAAUGAGGGAAUAUUAUUCCAAACUUACAGGGAAAAAUUCAAUUUAGAAAUACUAAAUCAAAUUUCACAAAAUAUAAUAUAUAUAUAUACUCACAUACACACACACAAAUAUACAUAUAUAAACUUAAUCAUUAGACUAGGAUGUGAACAAUUCCCAAGAAAUUUUCAGAUUUAUUCAUAAUUUUAUUGUGACAUACAGUUUUUUUCCAGCCACUGAAAGAGCUCUGCAGAAAAAAAGUGAAUGCUCUAAAUCUGCAGAGAGCUUGUAGUAAUGGAAACAAACUGAAAAAAAUUGUGAAUAAAUGUUAUAAAAAUCUAUAUAUACAGACCCUUCCCAAGCAUGCAUAUAGCAAAGUGUAUGUGUGUGCAUGUAUAUAUAUAUAUAUAUAUAUAUUGUAAAUUAAUUCUACAAAGUGAAUGUUCUGUUUUGCAGAUUGCUUGUAAGAGAGAUCUUUAUAUUAUAAGUAAAAAAGGUCAUUUUUGCGGAAAAGUUAGUAAGAAUUGCAAUGUUGCUCUCUCUGAUGACUAUCGUGCUUCAAGUUAAUGUAGCUAUAUUCUAUAAUUCCUGUGUGAUCGACAUAAUUUGUGCACAUCCAGCUUUUUCUUCUUCAUUUCAAUUCUUUUGUCUUAUUUCGUUUCAGAGAAACAUGAGGUCAUAAGACUUGUUUUUUGACAUCUUAAACACCUAUGUAUGUAUGUGUGAGAUAUAUAUAUAUAUAUUCGCGUGUGUAUGUUAAAAGUAUGUAUGAAGAUACAAAAUACUGGUUAAGCUAGUUCUAAAAGCUUGUAACUUUGGUCCUCUCACUUAUGUACAUAUCUUGUAUUCAUCUGUGUUUGAACAGAAGGCCACUUGACUUACGUAUGCAUACAAGAGUGCAUACAUGUGCACACAGACACACUGUUGACUACUGUCGUGUAUAGUAGUUGUUGCAGGUAAACUCUGGGCUGCACCAACUGUCCUGGCAUCAUGUAAUGCAACAUUUUAAUUUGCAGGGUUUAAUUUUAAGAGCAUACUGAAAUCACAGUAGCGCUUUAUAUGGGGUGGCAACAAAGCCUUGUAUGAUAACGUCCACACCAAACCAUCCCAGCAAUUGUUUUCGUGAGGUUGAAACUUCUUAAAAUUCAAUGCAAGACUUUCUAUCAUAUAGUAUUUGUUACAAACAAAGUGAUAAAAACUCAAUACUUGUAAUAGAGUAAGUAUAUUUUUUAUUAAGAGUGACUAUUGUGGCCAUUCCUACUGUUUUGAUCUGGCCAGGCGGUCCAGUCCUAUGAUGGCAUUUUAAAGAAUAUUGUGCAUAUGAGUGAGUGUGGAUGAAGUAUGAACAGGAUAUUUAAUUACUGGGACGUGCCUGUUAGCUUUUCUAGUCACAACUCUCUUGGAACGCUUGACCUCGGCAUUAACAAAAGUAUCAGCAAUUACCGUUCUUCUAUGUCUUAGAAACAAACUGUACCUAUUUAGAGCUGGGUAACUUGAUGCAGCUCAGUAGCUUUGUCACAGAGACUAUUGGCAGCAUUAUUUGCAUAUAAUGCACUGAACCAUUCAGCUGAUUGACCAACAUCCUGUUAUCUCGGUCAUAUGUGCCUGUGUAAAUAAAUGUAAUUCAAAUAAUUAAAUCAAUAAUUGUUAAUAUGACAAAAUGUAUUUUGUCAGAAUAACAAUUAUGGAUUAAAAAUUUUACUGCCUCUCAGAUUUAUCAUUGAGAUCUUUAUUCUAAGUGGCUGGACAUACCUACUUUGGAACCAGUCACCCCUGGAAUAAAUAUAUAAUUAUACAUACCUAGACAUUGUAUGUAGCAUAACUUGUAUAUAUGGUGGACUAACUAAAUAGGGCACAAGUAUCUUCAACUUCAAGGUACCUUGUUUAAUUGAUACAAAUAAUUCUCUCGUCAUAUAAUGCCUGCUCUGUCUGUAUCUCAAUAGAUGUUUGUGUAUGUCACAUUAUUUUGAGAAAUACCAGUUAUGUAUUGGAAGGUCUUUUCAAUUGAUUAUAUGUAUAUGUGUAUAUAUAUAUAUAUAUAUAUACACCCUUCCUUCUAUCUAUAAUUUACAGUUUUGUGUCAGUCAAUGUGAAGUCAUCAUGAUUGGGGCAUGUUGGUGCAUACACAGAAUAUAAUACGGCAAAGUUUUUUUCCAAUACGAAAUAAUCCUAUGUAGAGUGAUCUCAUGCUGAAUGUAAUAACUCACAUAUACCAUUUUUACUUUCGAUAAUUUUUCAACGUAUUGGGGGAAAUGUUAUUUUGAAGAACAACCUGUGGAGAACGUGGGAUAGAGAUCUGGUGACACCCUGACAAUUUCAAUUGAUCCUGGGUAUAUGAAGCUGAUGCAGUAAGCACCUGGGUAGUUCAUAUUAGUGCAAAUUAAGUAAAAUGCAUUUCUUGCUUCUGGCAACUUCCUUCUUUCUCUGAGAAAAAAAAAAAAAACUUUUCUACAACCACCCAAGCCAUGCUAUUAUUACCUAACUCAAUCUGCAUAAAUCUCAGUGUAUCAGUUCUUGGGUUGUGUCGCUGUCACCUUCCUAUCCUUUACAUAAUGUUUCGCCUCCGCCAGCUUUGCUAUUUAUUUCUGCUUCUCUAUAAGCAGAUUAAAAGUGAUCUAUAUAAUUAUGCAAUGGUUAGCUUAAUCUAUUGGCUUUAUAAAUUAGCUGUAAAAAAUUAAAAGCAAAAAAAAAAAAAAGCACAAAUAAAAUAGACCAGCCACACUGACAGCCUUAAGAAA